GAAUUUUCUCCUUCGAGCUUGCCUUGUCUGUUGAAUUCUUACAAAUUUUCCUACUCUUUCCUUCACUUUCUUGGGAAAAAAAUGUCUUCGGGGUGCAGUUGUGGUUCUGGCUGCAAAUGCGGCGAUAACUGCUCAUGCAGCAGGAAUCUUAAUCUAGGAUACUCAGAGAAAACGACCAGUGCUGAGACCAUCAUCUCGGGAGUUGCGCCGGUGAAGAUGAACUUCGAGGGAUCGGAAAUGAGCACUGAAUCAGGACACGGAUGCAAGUGCGGGUCGAACUGCACCUGUGAUCCAUGCAAAUGUUAGCUGCUGAAGCCAUAGAUCAAAGCAGCACAUAAUAAUUAAGGAUUGGUGGAGGGUCAUCUCAUCAAUUAUGUCUAUCUUUUUUUCUUAUAGAAGCUUGUCGUGUAAUAAUACAACCAUGGUUUCUUGCAAUUCCUUUCUCCAAGGAUUUUGCAGUUGAUUCAUGGCUUU